AUGGGGAACCACACCACUGUCACUGAGUUUGUCCUGCUGGGGCUCUCAGAUGCCUGUGAGCUGCAGAUGCUCAUCUUCCUAGGGCUCCUCCUGACCUACCUUCUCACUCUGCUGGGGAAUCUCCUCAUCAUGGUUAUCACCCUCAUGGACAGGCGCCUCCACACCCCCAUGUAUUACUUCCUUCGCAACUUUGCUCUCUUGGAAGUCUGGUUCACCUCAGUCAUCUUCCCUAAGAUGCUGACCAACAUCCUGACUGGAUACAAGACCAUCUCCCUCCCAGGUUGCUUUCUUCAGUUUUUUCUCUAUUUCUUCCUGGGCACCACAGAGUUCUUCCUACUGGCAGUGAUGUCCUUUGACAGGUAUGUGGCCAUAUGUAAUCCCUUGCGUUAUGCCACCAUCAUGAGCAAAAGGGUCUGUGUCCAACUAGUUCUUUCUUCAUGGAUGACAGGAUUCCUUCUCAUCAUCUUUCCGACUUUCAUCAUACUUCAGCAGCCAUUCUGUGGUCCCAAUAUCAUUAAUCAUUUCUUUUGUGACAGCUUUCCACUCCUGGAACUCAUAUGUGCAGACACAAGUCUGAUAGAGCUUCUGGGUUUUAUUGCAGCCAACUUUAGCUUACUGGGCACUCUGUCUGUGACAGCCACCUGCUAUGGCCACAUCCUCUACACCAUCCUGCGCAUCCCUUCAGCCAAGGAGAGGCAGAAAGCCUUCUCAACCUGUUCGUCUCACAUCAUUGUUGUGUCUCUCUUCUAUGGCAGCUGCAUCUUCAUGUAUAUCCGGUCAGGUAAGGGUGGCCAGGGGGAGGACAGGAACAAGACGGUGGCCUUGCUCAACACAGUGGUGACCCCAAUGCUUAACCCCUUCAUUUACACCCUGAGGAACAAACAGGUGAAACAGGUGAUUAGUGACAAAAUGAGCAAGCUCCUCUUAAAAAGAUGA